CUGACCAAGAUGCUGGUGGCAAUGCCUUGCUAUCAACUCACACGUUUAUUCCAGUCACUCAAGACAGGAGGAAGGAUUCUAGUGUCAAUGGUUCUGAAAACCCCCCCUCAAAAAGGAUGAGGUCUGCAUUGUUGGAAAAAUCAGAGGAAAGCAAUAUGGACCCAGAUUUGUCAUUUCUAAUUGUCAAGGAUAUAUGUGGAAGGGACCAACUCUUUGUGGAUUUAGGUGUGUACACAAAGAACAGAAACUUCCGAUUAUAUAAAUCAUCCAAACUGGGAAAGAAUACUUCUUUUGAAGUUGCUGAAGACAAUCAGUUUGUUCCAGAGCCUGAAAAGAAUGUUUCUAGGGAGGAGCAAUUUUUUCUCAGCUCUUUGGUCAGCAAUGUCAGAUUUUGUGACAGCAUGACAGUUCUGACUUGUGAUAGCUCAGAUACGAAGGAAACCAAAGCUUGGCACGUUCAAGAUAACCCACAUCUUUCUGCAUCAGAUAUGUUUGGUUACCAUUGUUCACCGUACCCAGAGAUUGACAGUUUUAUCACUCACCAAGUAAACAAAGGAGGAAUACAAGGUGCCUUGCGUCGAUGGAAUUACUUCUCUUCUGAAGAACUGAUUGUAUAUGACAUCAGCAAAAACCACUGGUGUGACAACAUUGGAAGAGCUCAUAAAAGCAACAAUAUUAUGAUUGUGGUUGACUUGAAGAAAGGAAUCUGGUACCAGAAAUGUUACGAUCCUGUUUGCCGAGCUCAGAAAUUCAGAUCUGAAAGUCACCCAUUACCCCAGGAAUGCUGUAUGGAUUUCCUCAUUGAUAUGAAACUAAAUCAGGUCAGCCAUCCAAAAAAGGCUACAAGAGUGGGUCAGAAGCUGUGGAGCAUGCAGCAUAACAAGUAUACAGAGGAUGCCAUAUCCCUAGCCCUGCACUCAUCCCUGGAACAUCUGGACAACGCAGACACCUACAUCAGCCUCCUGCUCAUUGACUACAGUUCUGCCCUCUGAACUGCAUCCUCAACUUUCUGAACCAUCAGCUGCAAUCAGUGAGGAUAGUACCUCCUCCAUAACAACACUCAACCCUGGAGACUCCCCCCAAGGAUGCAUCCUCAGCACCAUAUUGUACUCCCUGUACACCUAUGACUGUGUCACCAAAUUCUGAAUAAACACCAUUUACAAGUUCGCUGAUGACACCACCGUAGUGGGAUGGAUAUCUAACAAUGAGUCAAAAUACAGAAGGGAGAUAGAGGGCUUGGUGACGUGGUGCAAUGAAAACAAUCUGUCUCUCAACGUCAGCAAAACUAAAGAACCGAUCAUCAGAAAUAAAGGAGAACACGGCCCAAUCUACAUCAACAGAACUGAGGUUGAGAGAGUGAACUUGAUGCACUUCAUCGGAGUGACGAUAACAGACGACCUGUUCUGGACUUCCCAUGUAAAUGCGACAGUCAAGAAGCACAAGAACACCUCUUCUUCCUCAGGCGGCUCAGGAAAUUUGAUAUGUUCAUAUGG